CUAUAUUUAGAAACAAAGGCCUUGAGUUAUUAUUAUUCAACCAAUUGUAUCAUUUAAUUUAUUAUUUCCUUUUUACAUGAAAAUUUUAACACAUAAAAAGUGCUAAUAAAGAAGUUACUUCCCUUCACCCUAUUGGUGUCAUUUUGCUCAGUGUAACAUUCCCCCCCAACGGAUCUAAUUUAUCGUGAUUCAUCAUCGUUCAUUACCAUGAAUUGCGAUGAUUCGUUAGGGAAUUCCCUCAAUAUAAGACAACUCAAACCAGGAUUUGAACCCAAGUUCGCGGAAUGACAAAUUUGGACCAAACCGUUCGUUAUUCUAAUUGGUGCCAAUUCUUAAUUAUAUUCAUAGAUAUUCGUGUCUAGACUGAUUUGUUACAUUAAGUGGGUUUUCAAACCGGUUCUCAAUUAAGCCAGUUAUUCUAGACAGACAACUUUUAUCGGAGAAUCCAAGGAUUAUAAAACUUAAUCCGAAACACCUGUAGGUAUUUUUGGCAACUCAUUGUCCGUGGCAUGCAAUACGUGGUGUGAAACCAAAGAGAUUGAUGUUACAGACUAUUAUCGCACUUACAUACAAAGCAUGUUCCAUAGCCUUGACUUUGUAGUCAAAUUCUAGAAAAAGUUUAAUCACCGUACAGCAAAAGCGUUACAUCGCUCAACAAGUUCACUCGGCUGGAAUCUACGAUUGUAAAUAUUCAAGAAAAACUGCUAUCAUCAAAGAUAAAAUUAAACUGGCCAUUACGUUGUUUUUGUUGGGCUAGAUCAGUGCCUGUUUUGAUCAUUUGCCUAUUCACGGAACAUUCUUUUGCACAACUGAUUAGAUAAUGUAUAGACAUGUCCUAUCUCAAUAUUAUCAGCACUUCCAAACUAAAUUACGAAUAGUUCUAAACUUCGGACGAAUUUAGAAAAUCUGGAAUCUUUAUGUUAUGAAUUAUAGCCAUGGCUAAUUGAAGAUUUCGGCGAAAACAAGUAAACAAAUUAGGGGACAAUAAACUUGGAGGCAUUUUUAAGACCAGAGAGAGAAAUAAAAUGAAAUGAAUAUUGUAACCAUUAGCAAUUUUGACAAUAUCCGUGGGACUUGUGUUUGUCUAAACAUAUAUUUUUGAAUUAACGUUUCAACAGUUUGCUCAUAACGAACACAUAAAUGUUUCAACAGAGAAAAUAAAUUCAGCCCCGAAAAUUUAGAAUUAUUUAGCAUUAUGUUGAGUAAUACUAUUUACCGGUCAGCAGGACCAUUGGUCGGCCAGUAAGCGUUUGUUAAUCUAAGCCGAGAGACGCUCUUUACAUCUCGUUACUUUGUUCAACCAAAUAAUAAAAUUGGAAUGGAGAAAAAUGGUGACAUUGAUAAUAAAGUGCGAAAUAUUCGGUUGACGGAAGAUGAAGAAAAUAAUUUUAUGAUGAUUUGCCGUAAGGGUAACGUUUAUGAGCUGAUGGAAUUGGCACCAUUCAUUAGCGUUGAUGGACAUCUGCUGCAUAAAUACGACCAUCGUGGGAGACAGUGUAUUCACAUGGUGGCAUUGUACGACAGAAAAAAUGCUAUUAUGAAAAUAGAAAUACUUGUAAACAUGGGUGCAGACAUUAAUGCAAGGGAACGAAAUACUGGUAAUUCAUUACUUCAUAUUGCUGUGAAGACAAAAAAUUACGAAUUGGCUGAGUGGCUGUGCCGAGAGCCAACCGUUAAUCUAGGAGCUAUUAAUUAUGAGCAUCAUACUGCUUACCACAUGGCCUACUACCUUCAUGAUGAGAAGAUGAAGGAGCUUUUGAUAACCAACAGAGCUGUCUGUGACAAUCCUGAAGGCAUCGAAAUGUCUGAAGAUGAUAUUAGUGACUUUUCUAGUGACAAUUAACGGAUUCUUGUUUACAGUGUUUUAACCAAUCUUUAACCUUGAAUUGGUUAUAAGCAACUAACAAAACAAAAAAUGUAACCGAUAAGAUUAUUAUUGUUGCGUCUUAUUGUCCAUUAAUGUGAUGUAAUUAUUCGCGAAAGUGUUUUAGUGAUAAACUUUAAACUUUUAUUUGACAAUACUUAAUUCGAUAAGAACAUAAACAAGAGUAUUUAACGGAACCGCUAACCGAUCAUAAGACAUUUGUAACUGUACCUUUUAUUUGUACACUUGAAACAUGGGCUACUAUGUCUAUGAUGAAAAUGAUGGAGCUUUUGGUUACCAACGGAACUGUUUAUGUCGAUCUUGAAGGUCUGAAGACGGUAUGUGAUUUUUCUCGUGAACAAAGCUUUAGAACAUUAAUUUAGAGUUGCGUUGUUUCACGUGAUCGUGAACUCGAUUGUGGAAAACUAACAAUGAAAUAUGUAUAUGGUAAGAUUACAAUGCAAGGUCUUAUUCUACAUACUUAUUUGUAAGUGUAGUUGACUAAUAUUUUGUCAAAAACACUGUUUAUUGCAGUUCAACUGCCCAUAAACCCUAAUUGCUUGUAAAUUGUAUAACGAAAACGUUUUAUUCAUGAAAUGUAUGCAAUAAAACUAUAAUAAAACGAUUGUGGAUUCAUAGUUACUUGUUUUCGUCAAUGUUCUGACAGUAAAUUUAUAGCUUUCACGCUUCCUAAAUAAAUAUUAUUCUUUAUGAGCUUGUUAGCUAAGAAAUUUUUGAGAACUGUUUACAUUGCACCCGCCAGAUUUCUGGCAACUCAGUUAUUGCCUGUGUAAUUCGACCCUCGA